AUGGACACUCGAGCAGACACGUUGUCGGGCCGCUUUGGGGAACAAUGGGCCUUUCUGUCGCACCCUCCACACCAUGUCCAGGCAAGAUCCCUUCCACCAUCCUCGAGUUAUCUACGAAGCGACCGAAGCAACCUCUCCCCUCGACCUGUCGCGCUUCACUUCCAGCACCUCGAUGCCUCACGCUCCAGUCUACCUAGAAAUGGGCAGACCUCCUCGAUCGGUGGCAACAGUUCGACCACCAUCCCAUCUCAACCCGUCGUUGUCAGAGUCCAUUCCGCCGAUGCUUCUAUUCAAAUACAUCCCACAACUCGUCCACCCAGGCCAAGAGAGAAGAUGAGCAAAUAUAACCAGCUACCGCCGAUUCAAGAGUAUAGCAUACAGGGGAUUCUUGCGGCCAUUGAGGAGGACAUCGAAGACAACGUCAAUGCCAUCUCUGAGAUACUCGGGAGGAGCCGGCUGGUCCUGGCCGAUCAACAUGACAGCCAUCUCCCUCCCCAGGGCGAGAUCAGAGCUACCAGUAGCUCAUUGCAGGCAGUUGCGGAGGCGAGCACGAGCAAUGAAAGACUGGCGGCGACUGAUGAUGUUCUCAUAUUGCGAGAAGAUGCUAGUCUAGUCGAAGGCAGUCAUACUGGUUCGGCAGCGUAUGGGUUAUUGGAAAGAUUACAAGCCGUUCCACGGGCACGACGCAUGAAGACUGAUAUGCCAGGCGGGCCUGUGCAUAGGCCUGUUUCCGGCUCCGGACGCAACUAUUCAGCACCUGCAGUGCUGACGGAAGGACCAGAUCUAUUCGAGGAUCAUGAUCAGCCGGCUUUACCGGCACCCUCGCAAGCCUCUCGCCAGCUGCUCCGAGAUCGUGGGACCGAGCUUCAAGCCGGUGAACAGUCACCCAGGAUGACGAAUGCGGUCGUCUCUGAAAUCUAUCUCGCUGCUGGCGCCAAUGCAACUACAGUAUCCGAUCCUCCCGUCGUUUCAGAAAGCGGUCGACAUUAUCCACUGUAUACGUACGACUACAGCGAUAUUUUCGGCUCCCCAUUGCCUCCAGCUCCGGUGGCUCGAAUUGGAUUUCUGCGCCGACUUCAAGCUCUGAUACCUACUGGAGAGCUGCAGACGUUGACUUCCUGGGUCCACGGUCGUAAUAACCGUGUGGUGACUGCAGAAUCUCAACUGAGGGAGAUCCUGGAUAGACAGCGACGCAGAGGUGACCCGCCAGACGACCUGCAAACUGGACAUGAGGAUACUGAGCUAUACGAAUGA